AUGACGAAUAUGAACAGGGUUUACACUGCAUCAUUUGCCUUUUUCGAGGCUCUCUGGGAGGCCGGUAUCUCGCACGUCUUCGUCAAUCUAGGCUCUGACCACCCCUCCAUCCUGGAGGCCAUAGUUAAGGGCCAGAAGGAGAAGCCCGAUGAGUUCCCCACUAUUAUUACCUGUCCGAAUGAGAUGGUGGCGUUGUCCAUGGCCGAUGGCUAUGCCCGGUUAAGUGGCAAGCCUCAAUGUGUAAUCGUCCACGUCGACGUCGGAACCCAGGGUCUGGGGGCUGCCGUGCACAAUGCUUCCUGCGGCCGGGCGCCCGUCUUGAUCUUUGCCGGUCUCUCCCCCUUCACCAUCGAAGGGGAGAUGCGCGGGUCCCGCACCGAGUACAUCCACUGGAUCCAAGAUGUCCCCGACCAGAAACAAAUCAUCUCCCAGUACUGCCGCUAUUCUGCCGAGAUCCGAUCCGGCAAGAACGUCAAGCAGAUGGUCAAUCGCGCCCUGCAAUUUGCCACCAGUGACCCAAAAGGUCCGGUCUACCUGGCCGGCGCCCGAGAGGUGAUGGAGGAGGAGCUCGUACCUUACAAGGUCAACCAGCAGAUCUGGGGACCCGUGGCGCCGUCCGCCUUGCCUACUGAAGGGGUUCAGCUGAUAGCCGAGGAGCUCACCGCCGCCAAAGAGCCCUUGGUGAUUGUGGGCUACUCUGGACGACAUGCCCGCGGGGUCCAGGAGCUUGUCACCCUAGCGGACACGUUCAAGGCCCUGCGAGUCCUGGACACCGGUGGAAGCGACAUGUGCUUCCCUGGAAACCAUCCGGCGUCGCUAGGGCUGCGGUACGGCGUGCAUGAUGCCAUCACAACGGCAGACUUCGUCCUGGUUGCGGAUUGCGACGUGCCCUGGAUUCCGACGCAGUGCAAACCUUCGGACUCGGCCAAGGUGAUCCAUGUAGACGUGGAUCCCCUGAAGCAACAGAUGCCCAUAUUCUAUCUCCCCUCCAUGGCCACGUUCCGCGCCGAAUCCGCCACUGCAUUCAAACAAAUCAACGAAUACGUCGCAUCCAACGCCGCCAUGCAGCAGAAGAUCAACUCUGACGCGAACCACUCGCUUGGCAAACUUCGCGAGGAAGCAUAUCAGAAAGCCCGCCAAGCGGUGGCCGACCUGGCUGUCCUGCCCUCUGGAGGCGACACGGCGUCUUUGAACGCAUCGUACUUCAUGUCGCAGCUACGCAAGGGUUGUCCGACCGACACUAUCUGGGCCAUCGAAGCCGUAACCCUCACGGGGAUCGUAGCGGACCAGAUCAACGCCACGCUGCCUAACUCGUGGAUCAACUGUGGAGGUGGCGGACUCGGUUGGUCAGGCGGUGGAGCGCUGGGGAUCAAGCUCGCAAGCGACCACCAGCAUGGCGGACGCAAUCGGGGCAAAUUCGUCUGCCAGGUCGUCGGCGACGGCACCUACCUCUUCUCCGUACCGGGCUCAGUCUACUGGAUCUCCCGACGCUACAAUAUCCCCGUGCUCACCAUUGUCCUGAAUAAUAAAGGCUGGAACGCCCCGCGCAAGAGCAUGCUCCUGGUACAUCCCGAGGGGGAUGGCUCGCGCGCCACCAACGAGGAGCUUAACAUCUCGUUCGCACCCUCUCCGGACUAUGCGGGGAUCGCGAAGGCCGCGGGUGGCGGUGAGAUCUGGGCCGGCCGCGCCGCUACCGUUGCGCAGUUGGCCAAGUUGUUACCUGAAGCUAUUCAGACCGUGAAGAAUGGGACCACGGCCGUGCUGGAGGUGCAGUUUGAUGGAACGGCGGGUAAGUAUGUUGAGAAGAAUUAG